AUGGUUCUUCCUAAAGUGAAUAUGCUUGUUGGAAUCUGCGCAUUAAGCUUUUAAGCUUUUGUGCUUUACCCUUGGCAUGAUGUGAUUUCAUAAUAAGUUGAAAAAUUGGAUAAAAACAUUAGAAUACUAGAGAUAAUGCAAUAAUAGCUGGUAAAGGAAGCUGAGCAACUACAAAAAUUGAACCCAAUUUGA